UAAUCACUCUAAUCACUUAUCAGAUACGAUUAUACGAACUCGAAGCUUCAAGUAAUCGUGUACAACUUACUACUUGAUGCUUAUUACAUGAAAUGUGUAUAAUUAAUUGGAACUAUGGAGUCAAAAGAAAAUGUGUGGGAAAGGCUUGGAAAACCAAAGUAUGUGCUAGCUCCUAUGGUUGAACAAAGUGAACUACCUUGGCGGAUGUUAUCACGCAAACACGGUGUUCAAUUAUGUUUUGCACCUAUGUUACACAGUCAGAAUUUUGUUCAAGAUCGUAAAUAUCGGAAAGAAUUUUUUACUACUUGCCCUGAAGACCGUCCUUUAGUUGUUCAGUUUUGUGGUAAUGAUCCAAAAGUAAUACUAGAAGCUGGGAAAUUAGUUGAAGAUAGUUGUGAUGUAAUAGAUCUAAACUUGGGUUGUCCACAAGCCAUUGCUAAGCGUGGAUUUUAUGGUUCUUUUCUCCAAGAUGAAUGGAAACUUAUAUUUGAAAUCGUUAAAACAUUGCGAGACAAUCUUAAAGUACCAGUGUCAUGUAAAAUACGUAUUUUUGAAGAUUUAACAAAAACUAUUUCGUAUGCUAAAAUGUUAGAAGAAGCUGGUUGUCAAAUGUUAUCAGUACAUGGUCGGACUAGAGAUCAAAAAGGACGAUUGACAGGAAUAGCUGAUUGGAGUCAAAUAAAGGCUGUUAAGGAAAAUGUAACAAUUCCUGUCUUAGCAAAUGGCAAUAUUCUUAUAUAUCAAGAUAUAGAAAGGUGCUUAAAGGAAACUUUAUGUGAAGGCGUUAUGUCUGCUGAAGGACACCUUCAUAAUCCAUUUAUUUUUGACAACCAGUCACCUCCUGUUUGGGAACCAGCACUUGAGUACUUAGAUCUUAGCGAACAAUAUCCUUGUCCACUUUCAAAUACAAGAGGUCACUUAUUUAAACUUUGCUACCACGUAUUCAGUCUCCCUGAAAAUGAAUCAAUUAGGGAUAUAUUAGCAAAAGGUCAAAACCGUAAUGAUUUUAGAAACGCCAUUAUGCAAAUAAAAGUAAAGUAUUUACCAUAUCACAUGGGUCAAUUACCAUGGAACAGCAAUCAAAAUGUUUUAGAUUAUAACUUAACUUUACCACCUUGGUUGUGUCAACCGAUGGUCCGUGUAAUACAAAAAAGUAAUUUAGUUGAGCUUGAAACUAAUGAAGAAGUAAAUAAAUCAAAAACCGAUGAAAAAGAAAAUCUAAAGAGAGGUAUUGAUGAUGAAGACUGUAACGAUCCACUAAAAUUGUCAAAAAAAAAAUUAAAACAGUUAAGUAAAUUAAAAAACAAAGAAAUCAGGUGUCAAAGAAUACUUGAAGAAUUAUGUUCUGAAUGUAAAAAUCCAAAGGGCUUAAAGUGUGAGUAUAAACUUUGUAAAAAGUGUUGUCGAAGUAAAUGCUAUUUGGAAAUUGCAGAUUGUCUUGGUCAUCGGAUAUUAAUUAAGACAAAGAAAAAAUUAUUUCGUCACAAAGAAGAAAAAGAUCUCAGUUCUAAGCAAAUAUAUACUGAUGUUUCAUGAAAUCCAAAAGAGUAUAAUAAACUGAUAAAGUGUUAAUAAUUUUUACAAAUGUUUUAUUAAUUCUAACAUAGUAGUAAAAAUUAUAUUUAUUAAUAGUCGUUUUAAUUUAUUAAUAAUUAAUAAAAAAAAUAAACUCUUC